AUGUCUGCACCGCCCCCCCAGGUGGAACGGCUCACUACUAGUAACUUGCAAGUCGGCACAACGAACUCACAGCCUCAUAGUGACGUCGUCAGAGACGAUAAGAGGGAUGAAUCAUCUUGUGACGAUGGGUCUGAAUAUGACCCGGACUCCUGCGACGACAACCAUUCAGUUGUCACGCGAGCAUUGGUUCGUGCACUCGCAGAGCGUGCCAACUGGGAUCCGAAGGAGAUCGCCGCCGUCUUCCGUGUAUCACUUGCCAUUAUUCAAAAAACCAUUACCAAUGGGUACGUCGCUGUGGACGACGAAGUAUCGGAAGAUGCAAACUUCUACAAGGAGACGACCGUCACCUACGCGCACCCGGGAGAAAAAGAGGGGACGAAAGAGACAGACCUCCACGAGAAGCGUCUCCCGUUCAUCGCAGGCAGCAUCUUGUCGCUUCCCCCUCCUGCGCCAGUUCCUAUGGAGGUAGAACCAAAUUCGGAUACGGCCAGAUCUGGCAUAUUCAGGAUGUUCCGAGACGAAGCAACACUUGUUCAUGGGGAGAAGGUCCAUUCCAUCCUUGAAGAAAUUGGGAUUGAAGAUGACGAGUCAAUGUUCGCUGUCCUGACCAUGGAUGAUGAGCGUCUGAACGAUAUGCUGCAAGAAGCCAAGCGUCUCAACCUCGUGGAGAAGUUUUCCAUCAUUCAAGCGAUGAGAGAUUUCGGGAAGAACCACAAAAUAGCGAGGUAG